AUUUGUUAUUAUUUUAUCUUUUAGUUUUAGUAGAGUUAUUUCCUAUCUAAAAUUAUAAAAAUUAUGGCUACAAAUUAUGGAAAAAGUACAUUUAAUGAGGAUGAGAAUUUUGAAGAUAUAUCUGAUACUCCAGAACUGGCAAGAUUGAAGCAGCAAAAAGAAUUAUAUGAACAGAGAAUGAUUGAUAGCUCUUUUCGCUCUCUCCGAUUAAUCAAUGAGUCACAAGCUACUGCAUUAGAAACUGCAGCUGAAUUAGAGUCACAGCGUUUACAACUUGAGCGAACUCACAAAAAUCUUAAUAAAAUGGAUGCAGAUUUAAACCAAUCUGAUCGUCAUAUAAACUCUAUAAAAAGUAUUUGGGGUUCUGUUGAAAAUUGGUUUAAAAAGCCUGCUAAUUUAACAAAAUCAAAUAUAGUUCCAGCAAAAAUUAGUACUCUUAGUCAAAAUGUUAAAAAUGAAAACGCUGAAAUAAAAAACAACUUAAAUGUAAUAGAUAAAAAAGUUGAUUUAUCAUGGAGUAAUGAGGUAUCAAUUAAAAAUCAAAAACAAUCCACGAAUCAGAUUGUUGAUGAAAAUCUUGAUCAAAUGUUGUCUGGUUUGAAAAUGUUAAAAUCACAGGCACUGGCUUUAGGUACAGAAAUUGAUUAUCAAAAUGAUUUAAUCGCUGACAUUCAUGUAAAAGCUGAAAAAGUUGAUCAAAGAGUUGAUCAACAAAACCUAAAAAUUCAGAAAAUAUUGAGAUAAGAAUAUUUAAAGAUAUCAAAAUAAAAUAACGAGUUUACUUUUAUGAAAUUUUUGUACACUAAAGUAUUAUUUUUUAUAAGGUUAAUGAUGUUGUAAUUUAUACUUUUGCUUUGUUUUACUAAGAAAUUUAAAAAUAUAAAAAAAAUAAAAUUA